GGAUAAAUAUAAAUAGAAAUAAUACAAAAAAACCAGAGAAAUAUAUCUUAUAUUCUGAGAGCGAUUCUACAAAAUGGCGCCGCCACGCUCUUUCAUUAUUACUUGCAUUCUAAUACUUACCAUAUCAGCAAAUACUUUUGCAUUUUAUUUGCCAGGUGUUGCACCUCGCGAUUAUAGAGAAGGCGAUGAAGUAGAAGUACAUGUCAAUUCCCUCACACCGAUGAUGGGACCCGCAACUCAACAACUUAAGUCUGUUAUUCCCUACGAUUAUUAUUAUAAACCUUUCCAUUUUUGUCAACCAAAGGAAUUAAAGAGUCAACCCGAAUCAUUAGGAAGUAUUUUAUUUGGAGAUCGUAUUUUUAGCUCUGCUUAUGUGCUCAAAAUGAAAGUCGACGAAAAAUGCAAACUUCUUUGCAAUCAAACAGUCCCCCCUGAAGAUGCCAAAUUCAUUAACCAGCGUAUUCGAGAAAAUUAUGCUAUCAAUUGGCUCAUUGAUGGACUUCCAGCCGCUAGUAAAAAGUUAGACGCUAAAACCCAUACUAAUUUUAACAGUAUCGGAUUUGAAUUAGGAGAUCAAACUGCUGAACCAUCUUUGAAUAAUCAUUAUGAUAUAACAAUUCAAUAUCAUACUCAAGAUAAAAACAAGUAUCGGGUUGUCGGUGUAAUUGUAAAACCAUUCAGCCGAAAAUAUGAUGCAACAUUAUUCAGUCAAAAAGAUGAAAAUAAAGAUUGUAAUUCUGUUAUCAACAGAUUAGUACUAAGCGAAACUAAUUCUAAUGAAGUAUUUUACACUUACGACAUAUCAUGGGUUUCUUCUUCAACUGCAUGGGCAACACGCUGGGACAGUUAUUUACAUACUUUUGACCCAAGAAUUCAUUGGUUCAGUUUGGUAAAUUCUAUUGUCAUUGUGUUAUUCUUGACAGGUAUGGUUGCUAUGAUAUUACUUCGUGCUUUGCACAAGGAUAUCUCCCGAUACAAUCAAAUUGAGGAUAAGGAAGACGUUCAAGAAGAUUUUGGAUGGAAAUUAGUUCAUGGUGAUGUCUUCCGUCCUCCGGUUAACGUCAUGUUAUUAUCCGUUUUUUUGGGAAGUGGUGCACAGUUAUUCUUUAUGACUGCUGUUACACUUGUUUUUGCCGUUCUUGGUUUCCUUUCACCUUCAAACCGCGGUUCUCUAGCUACAGUCAUGAUCAUAUUUUAUAUGCUCUUUGGUUCCGUAGCUGGAUAUGUUUCUGCUCGCGUAUACAAAAUGUUUAACGGUGAUUCGUGGAAGAAAAAUGUUUUUUUAACAGCUUUCUUAUUCCCAUCACUUAUUUUCGCUAUCUUUGUGGUCCUAAAUUUUUUCCUUGUCUCGGCAAAGUCUUCUGGCGCUGUCCCUGCCACAACUUUAUUAGCUAUAAUUGGAUUAUGGUUUUUAAUAUCCGUUCCCUUAUGUUUCAUUGGUUCAUUUUUCGGAUUCAGAAAACCUAAAAUUGAACAUCCAGUUCGUACAAACCAAAUCCCACGGCAAAUUCCCGAUCAAGUAUUUUAUUUACGGCCUAUCCCUUCUAUGCUCAUGGGCGGUGUACUCCCAUUCGGCGCUAUCUUUAUCGAAUUAUAUUUCAUAAUGAACAGCAUUUGGGGAAAUAAAGUAUAUUAUUUGUUUGGAUUUGCCGCUUUAGUGUUUAUAAUCCUUACCAUUACCUGUUCAGAAGUUACAAUUUUAUUGUGUUACUUCCAUCUUUGUGCAGAGGACUAUCAUUGGUCGUGGAGAGCUUUCCUAACAUCUGGAGCGUCCGGAUUAUAUAUAUUCAUCUAUUCUAUUAUGUAUUUCGCAACUAGAUUACAAAUUACAUCAUUAACAAGCACGGUCAUAUAUUUUGGAUGGUCAGGAGUUAUGAGUUUAAUGUUCUUCGUUCUUACUGGAACAAUUGGAUAUUUUGCAUGUCUUGCUUUUAUCCGUAGGAUUUUUAUGAGUAUUAAAGUGGAUUAAAGCAUAAGAUUAUAUUUUAUUUUACGCCGAUCGGAAAAGAUAACGAUAAGAUCAUUGAUGUUUGCAACAUAAACCAAAAAAGAUUCUGUACAUUGUGUGUUACAUUUGUUAUACUCUUAUUAUAUAUUUAUAUAUUAUAUAUUAUGAGAAAUUUAAGGUUAACCAAAUAAAGUUUUAAAAUCGAUUUAGAUUUUUUAAAUUAGUUUAAUUAUAAUUUUAGUUGGAUAAUCAGUUUUCCAGUUUAAUUUGUAUUUUUUUUAGAUAGUUAUUUUUACAAAUAUACAUAAUAAAAAACUAUUAUUAUUAGUAAUUUUCUUAUCA